GGAGAGCAACCUCUCACCAUGAGCUCUCGCAACUUCCAUUCAAGGGAUCAAUCUCAGCAAUCUUCUCAAUGUGUCACUGAAAACCUAAGAGAAAAAAAGUUUUACGGAAGUUCCCGCAGGCCUCUACAGCGGCUGCAUGAGAACAAGACUCCUCGGAAGAUGAGCAGCGGCCAAAAGGACGAGAAACAUAUGCUUGCCAAGCCGCAGCAGACGUUCGCUAUUGCUCGGCCGACUAGCUUUUUAGAUGAUGAUAAAGUCGACUUUUCAACGACAGCCGAGACACGCGAAGAUAUUGAAGAGUACGAUAUAAGUGUUUUCCGCCGACAGUGGGAAUCACACUCAGAGAAUCAAGAGGACAUGUGGACUCUGAAACGUGCCAAUCCAAUUUGUGAUGAAGACGAAUGCGAAGAGCAAACUCCAUACGAGAGCCCCUCUAAGCGAUCUCGCACAAGUACGCUUCAAUGGAAUGAAAAGUUGUUGUUACAAGAUGAGCCUUUUUUGAUCAGUGCGAGUUCACUCUUGUACGAUUCGAGUUCCGAAUGAUUAGUUCGGUUGCCCCGGAAGCCUACUCUUCAGCUAACGAACGCUUUUUUCUGCAUUCUAUAAACAAACGUACAUCACUGCAUAAUGUUGCCGCAUCAGUCAUAUUUCGUCUAGGAAUGAUUCAAUUUGAGCGGCAAACGCUUUUUUUUCGUUGUCUGAACUAGUCGAGACCGCCUGGCAACGCGAGCGUUUCAACUCGACCGCUCACGCGAGAAGGGAAACCGAACGACUUUGCCGAUGUGAUCCAGAUUCAGCCGCACGAGUGCCUUUGGAUCUCGUUUCGAUCGUGUCUUUCUGUGCCCCUGCUAGCUACGGAGAUGUUUGUUCGGGCUUCAAAAGUAUCCUCAACGUAGUCCUGGACGAACGCUUAUUUGGUCGUUGCAGGAUACCAGGCGACAGAGCACCUCACACGAUGUGUCGCCACCAGUUAGAUGGACCCAAUUCUAUAGUAGGAAGGAUGAUCUGC